AUGCAACACAUCACCACCGUCGCUAGACUGUGCAAGCCUGCGAGGUUCUGCACGCAACAUCGAAACAUGUCAAGCUUCCCAACUAGCAUCUCCCCCUCACAGACAGAAAUCAAGAACCGCCAACUUUCUCCGCAGAAUUUGGAGAUCGCAAUCCGAAGUCUCCACCACGACGGCCUAGUCGUAGUGGAGAACGUCGUGCCCCACGAUGCCCUGGACCGACUAAACCACAAAAUGGUCGAGGAUGCAUGGACACUGCGGAAUAAGGAAAACAGUCCCUUUAACUACAAUCCCGGGAAUAUCCAGCAGGAUCCUCCCCCCGUACGGAAAUACUUUGACUCUGAUAUCUUCCUCAAUCCCAUUGCAACCCAAAUAACCUCAACGGCGCUAGGGCCCCGUCCAAAAUGGACCUUCGGCUCUGGAAACUCAGCUAUGCCACCUACAGCUGAAAACCCGCCCAUGUCCCAGCCAGUCCACUCUGAUGCAGAUUUCGCCCACCCAACGCACCCGUUCGCCUACGUCGUAAACGUCCCACUGAUCACUAUGACUCCUGAAAACGGGUCCACAGAGAUAUGGCUGGGAACACACACUGACUCGGGACUACACAUCCAGGAAGGAAUGCACGGUGAGCGAGCAAGCGGGCGAAUUCAACUGAAUGCCCUGGAAAAGCGAAGAAUGAUCCGGCCGCCGUGUCAGCCUGUUGUUCCUAAGGGCGCAUUGGUUCUGAGGGACUUGAGGCUGUGGCAUGCGGGAAUAGGAAACCAAACCGAUGAGGUAGGGUUAUUUCAUUUUGCGCCGUGGUAUCGAAACCCCAUGAGGUUGGAACUUGCGGAGGAUUUGAAGCCCCUGGUGGAAAAUGAGACGAGCCUUGAGACUCCUGUCGACUGGGUUACGGAGUCGGAGGCCAUGUCGCGGUAUUUGAAUAGGGGGUUUGGAAACUCGUAUGAUUUCAGUCAGAGGCCCUAG